AUGAGGAGGAGCAAUAAGCUCGGCGCGGACUCGCCGCUGGCAGCCGGGCUGCUCCUGCUGGCGCUCCUGCUGGUGCCACCGACGGCGGCGGGCUGGGCCGACCUGGCUCUCACCCCGCCGGGUGAGCCGGAGCUGCUGCCCCGGGAUGCCUACCGCCCCAUCAGCUGGACGCAGCAGCAGGUUGAGAGCAUGCGGCGCAGGGCGCUGCUGCAGCAGCUGGCCGGCGGCGGCGGCGGCGGCGCAGCCGUGCCUCAGCUGCCCGUGUGCGAGCUGCAGCUGUCGUACCGCGUGGUGGACCUCACGGCAGCCAACUUCUCCAGCGUGGCCACCAUCACCAACAACCGGGAGCUGGACCUUCUGCACUGGCAGGUGGUGUGGCGCUUUGCCGACUUCCGCCACGUGGUGCUGAGCCGCGCCGACGGCGCCAUCCAGCUGUCUCCCGGCUCCCCCAGCGGCGCCCCCGUCCGCCUGGUGGACACGUUCCAAAACGACGGCAUCCCUGGAGGCGGCGGCACCUACUCCUUCCUGGCAGAAGCCGCCUUCACCGGCCUGCCGCUGCCGCCCGGCAGCGACCAGCAGCUGGGCAUAGCCGCGGUCAACAUCAACGGCUACCAGUGCAGCCUGGCCGGCGGCGGUACCAUGCGGUACGGCCAGUGCACGGCUGGCAGCCCCGACGUCGGCAGCGCCACCGGCCCCGUGCUGCUGCCAGACGGGCAGAGCCCUGCUGGCGGCCCCGCAGUCGUGCUGGUGGAACCAAGCGAUGGAGGCGGCGGCUUGGGGACAGGGGGAGGCUGCUGGGCCCAGUUCUGUUGCGGCGUGGUGCUGGUUGACAGCGUGCCGCCGGCCCCGCCGCCCUCGCCCCCGCCGCCACCACCGGUGCCAGAGGUGGUGCUUCCGCCGGUCUCGCUGCAGGCGUCGCCGCCACAGCAGCCGCUCCCGCAGCCGGAGCGGCCGCCGGGGCCUGCCCUCAGCCCGCCACAAUUGCCUGCUCAGCCUGGCGGCAGCACCAGCAGCGGCAGCGACAGCAGCGAGAGCGCGAGCAGCGGCCGUGGCAAAGGCAGCAAAGUUGUGCCAGCGGCAGCAGGGGGUGCGGGGGCCGCCGUGCUGCUGCUGGCGGCGGCCGCCAUUCUGCUGCUGGUGCGGCGACGGCGGCGACGCAGCAGGCCGGAGCCCCAUCCUGGCGAGGCAUCGGAAGCCAGCAAACCUGCGCCCACCCCAGUUAGCGGCAGCGAGGUGGCCGCUGGUCUGCGGGUACCAACCGCAUUCCUGCAGGGCAGCCCGACACUUAGCUCCAUCCUUGUCCCCUCGCCCAUGCUGCGCCAGCAAGCGGUGGCGGCAGCGGCGCGGUCAGCGGGCAGCGGCGACCUGCCUGCUGCUGCCGCUGCCGCUGCCGCAGCCGUUGCCGAAGGCGCGGAGCUCAUCACUGCCGCCAGCGCGCCGGGCGCAGCCGCACAGGCGGUGCCGCCGUCGGGCCGGAGCAGCAGCGACAGCGCCGGCUCCGGCGGCAGCGCGCCUGCCAGCUGCGGCAGCGGCAGCGUGGACCUCACACACGACGUCACCCUCGCAGAGCAGCUGGGCAGCGGCGCCUUUGGCACGGUGUACCGAGGCAGCUGGAGAGGGCAGCCCGUGGCGGUCAAGGUGCUGCAGACGGCGGCGGCGCCGCGCAGCAGGGAGCUGGAGAGCUUCAAGCAGGAAGCCAAGGUGCUGGCUGGGCUGCGGCACCCAAACAUCGUGGCGCUGCUGGCCGCCUGCACAGUGCCGCCCAACAUAUGCAUCAUAGAGGAGCUGGCGGAGGGCGGCUCCCUGCACCAGCUGCUGCACGGGGCCGCGGGGGCGCGGCGCCGCGCGCCGCUGCGCUAUGCCCAGCUCCUGGGCGUGGCGGCCGACGUGGCGGCCGCCAUGUGCUACCUGCACCCCGGCAUCGUGCACCGAGAUCUCAAGUCUCAGAACGUGCUGCUCGAUGCCCAGGGCCGCGCCAUGGUCUGCGACUUUGGCAUCGCCAAGUUCAAGGAUCGCACUUUUGUGUCCACGGUUGGAGCGCAGGCGGGCACACCGGCCUACAUGGCUCCGGAGCUGUUUGACGGCACCGCCGUCAGCGAGAAGGUGGACGUAUUCUCCUUUGGGGUGAUGUGCUGGGAGAUGCUGACCGGGGAGGUGCCGUGGCGGGACCUGCAGGGGCACAUGCAGAUCAUAUACCAAGUGGGCGUGCUGCGCCAGCGCCUGCCGCUGCCGGCCAGCUGCCCCGCCUUCCUGCGGGGGCUGAUCGAGGAGUGCUGGGCUGAGGAGCCGGCGCGGCGGCCCGCCUUCCCAGCCAUCCGGCAGCGGCUGCAGGAGGAGCAGGCCAGGGUGGCGGCUGACGUGGCGGCGCAGCAGCAUCGUGUGGAGUGCCGCUCCACCGUAUCGGAGACGGAUGCCUCCUCGGCGGCUGCCGGGGGCUCGGGGGGGCCGGGCAGCAGCCAGGGCAGCUGUGGCGGCGGCAGCUGCCAGCUGGCCACGCCGGAGCCGCCGGCUGAGCAAGCGCCGUCGCCCUUUGCCGCACACGCAGCUCCCUUUAGCAGCGGCAGCAGCAGCAGCAGCAGCGGCGGCAGCGCCAGUCCUGGAGCUGCCAGCUUGUGA